CGUCACGCAGUCCAACAUAAUGAUCAGAUUUACGCAUAGCGACCUUAUAUGACUGUAGGUUUUUGAAUAUUUUAUAUAGAGCCCAGGCUUAUUCUGUUUGCAUUACUAGACAAACCUGAAUAAAUUACGCAAUGGAGCGUCGUGUAUGCAGUAUGCCAGUUUACACAUAUGUGUCUCACUCAUCUGUAGAUGGUAUGUACGCUAUUCCAUCAGUAACAACGCAAAAAAGUUUUGACGCUGCAAUAUCUUACCAAGCUCGGGCUGGAGAUAUUUUUUCUUUGUACAUAUCCUAAAUGUGGGACAACAUGGGUCCAGACUGCACUAUUGGGAAUGAAAUAUGGACGACCCUUAGCAAAAAAUGAGAAGUUGGACAUCAUGUUUCCCCACCUUGAAUUAGAUGGUAUAGAUGCCGUUGAAAAUGUGGAAGACCUCCCACGAAUGAUAAAAACACAUCUCUUGUUCGAUAUGACACCAUGGAAUCCACAAUCAAAAUAUAUAUGUGUAGUUAGAAACCCCAAAGAUUGCUUUGCUUCGUACUUCUAUCACACUAUUGGAUUUACGUAUUUAUACCACUACGAGGAUGGGAAAUUCGAUGAUUUCUUUGAACUACUGAUCAGUGGGAAAGUUGAUUUUGGAGACUUUUUUGAUUUUGCAACAAAGUGGUGGGCCAUGAGCAACGAGAAGUCAAAUGUUUUGUACGUCUUAUACGAAGAUCUGAAGUACGAUCCUCAUGGGGAAUUUCUGAAAAUUGCGCAGUUUCUGGGAGACGAAUGGGCCGAAAAGGUUACGAAAAAUGGAAAUGAACUUUUGGAUGCGAUUGUGAACUUCACCAGUUUCAAGAAUAUGUCACAGAGAAAUUACCAUACCCAAAGGCCGGCUGAAUUACCUUUCUUCCGUAAAGGUGUCAUCGGUGAUUGGAAAAAUUUAUUAACAAAAUCACAAAGCGAGAGAGUGGAUGAAAAGAUGGAACAAAGUGGUAAAAAAUAUCCAGGAUUUAAUAAAUUAUGGGAUAAAUAUGCUGAAAAUCUAAAAUGAACAGCUUGUUAUUGUAUCGACCAGCUAAAAGAUUCAUAAUACAAAACUUUGGUCUGUGAUAGAGAGUUAUACUUUGAUUUAUUAAGAAAUAAAGCCCCAAAGUACUA